ACUAGUGUUUGUGUACAGUGCACUAUAGGCUUCUAGGUACCCCCGAAAGAACUAAGAAGCUAAAAUAAAGUUCUUCUUAAGACGUUUCAGCUCUUAACUCGUUGAAACGACACAAAAUACAGUUGCACGUCACUUUGAAUCAAUAAAUAUGGGAAAUGAAAACUCGUUGCCUAUGGAGUUGUGCUCAAACUUUGAUGCUGAUGAAAUUAGACGUCUGGGCAAACGAUUCCGCAAACUUGACCUCGAUAACUCCGGUGCAUUAAGUUUAGAUGAGUUCCUAUCACUACCGGAACUUCAACAGAAUCCACUUGUGCAAAGAGUUAUUGACAUAUUUGAUGAGGACGGUAAUGGCGAAGUUGAUUUUAAAGAAUUCAUACAAGGUGUAUCUCAGUUCAGUGUAAAGGGCGAUAAAGAGUCAAAAUUGCGUUUUGCAUUCAGAAUCUAUGAUAUGGAUAAUGAUGGUUACAUAUCAAAUGGAGAAUUAUUUCAAGUUUUAAAAAUGAUGGUGGGAAACAAUUUAAAAGAUACUCAGUUACAGCAAAUUGUUGACAAAACUAUAUUAUUUGCCGAUAAAGAUGAGGAUGGCAAAAUUAAUUUUGAAGAGUUUUGCUCAGUUGUUGGCAAUACUGAUAUUCACAAAAAAAUGGUUGUCGAUGUCUAAGUCGUGAGUUUAUACUGGCUAAUUACAUUUUAAAUUGCUGAAAAAAAAAAUAUAUAUAUAUAUCAUAAUUUAUACUCAUGCUCCCCCCAUAAUGGUUUAAAUUGUUUAGUAAUCUUCCAGUGUUAUCCUCAGGCUUAUCUAGUAUAAAUUUGAAUUACAAAUUAUAAUAUUUACAUUUUAUAUUAUCACAUAUUUUGUAAAACUAUAAGCACUAGAUCAUCUUCCAUCUUACUUAAUCUGUAAAUAAUUAUAUCACAUACUUAUAUUUAAAUAUUAUUUAUGUAAAUAUAAAUAAUCAUUUGUUAUAUUUAUAUUGUAUAUUUGUUUAAUCAGAUCAAUUUCAAAUGUAUUAAUGUGCUAAA